AUGGCUGGAGAAAUCGACUUUGACCACCUCCUUUCCCUUGCUAACCGCCCAGGCUUCGACCAGUGGAUCGACGAGAGCUUUCACGAGAGCACUUCCGAAUUCGACCUGACAAAUAUGGAUCUUCUCGAUACCUUUAUCAAUCCGGAGGAGCAUCUUGAUCGACUCAGCACUCCGUCGGAAUUCCUCGAGGAGAACGACUUUUCACCCACGGUGACGUUGAGUGAGUCUGGCAACAUGGAAGAGCGAGGGUCUUCUGCCACUCUUACGCCUGCUACUCGGUCUGCAAGAGUUGAUAGUGCUGAGCGGGUUUUGAAAGAGUAUCAGCAAGAUGGUCAGACUCCUCAACACGCUCAGCGUGUUCAGAAUCAACAACAGAACUACCAUCAGUCUCAACCUCAGAUUCAGGCCGGGCAACAACUUCCUAUCCAUGACCACAUUCAGACUCAAUUUCCCGCCCAGGUCACGGAUAGCAAUCAGGCUCUGUUUCAGAGUCUUCCUGGGUAUCAAGUCCCAGCUCAAGCUCAGGCCCAGUACCUCAAGCCUGAGAAUCAACCCCAAGGGUUCUACCAACCCUUUCCUCAGCAAUCGUUCUUCCAAGUCCCUUACGUCCAAGGACUCCUAUCGCCACAACAGAAGCCUUUUAUGCAAGCCAUCAGCCCGCCUCAGCCAAAUCAGCCUCAACCUGGGUUCAACUUCACAACCCCCGUCAACCGUCCGAUCCCUUCGAACCGCCAACCUGUUUUAAAUCGACCAGUUCCAGGGCCUCCCACUGAACAAGCCCCAAAGAAAUACCGCCUCGCACAUCCUACUUCCCAAAACAAGUACCAAGCCUGGCUCGUCCCCAAACUAGAGCAGUUCACUCGUCAAUACCAAGGCUACAUCCCCUGUCGCGAGGGCGCCCAUCGCCUGGAAGCUGUCUUUCUCUCCCUCGCCACCCCUCCCGAUGCUGCGGUAAAAACUCGUAUAGCCAGCGACCCAACGUUUCCACGAUCACCACAAGACGACUGCGCUCGCGUUCGUGAAAUGUUCGAGGCCAUAUGCGACUGGUCCUCUCCCCGCGAAUGGCGCGCCAAGAUGGGUCCCGCGAUGGCAAAGAAAUGGACAGAUGAAUUCGUAACGGAUCGCAAGGCCAAAGGUCUAUCUGAAGAUAUAUCGAAGCUUACGGAGAAGCAACUUGCGCCUCCACCAGAGAGAAUGCCUCCUAUCUAUGACCAGUGGAAGAACGUCAUUCAUCAACAGCUUUCGGAUAUUGAGAUUGAACUUCUCUGCGCAAAGAUCCUGAACGAAGCUAUACGUGCCCAGGAGGGAAAGAAUUUUGUUCCUCUAUGGAGCGGCCAGGAAUCUCAGUGGGAAGAGUUUGACAGUUUCGGACAGCGCUAG